AUGGGCAGCAAAGCUUUGCUCGCGAUCGGUGUUGACGCCCGACGAAAUCUCGCUGCCGUGGGCCUCCAGCAUCCGGUUUUCCAGCUCGCAGCAGCGCCAAAGAUGAUGGCGCUAGUACCGGCGCACGAUCACCUCAAAUGGGAGGGGAGCCGGCAUUUCACCACGACGCUAGCCGAGAUAGGAUCGUCGUGCGAGGAGAUCAAGUUCAGUGGAUGGGUGGAGAAGAUCAACAGCAAAGGCUACGUCCAGCCGCGGGUGCUUGUCAUCACGGAUUUGGCCCUCUACAACUUCCGGGGAGGCUUUUUCACGCAGUGCAAGAGAAGGAUCGAUAUGAGGGUCAUCGAUUCCAUUGUCCGGAGCAAGUAUAGCCAGCAGUUCAUCCUAUGCUGCCCAGAGGAAUAUGACUAUCAUUACUCGAGCUCUCGUGUGUCCGAGAUUUGCGAUACCCUCGUCGCUGUUUAUCGAGUGGUGACUGGAAAAACACUGGCUGUGGAUUUAAAGGUGACCGAUCACUUGUUUUUGCUCAGCUGUCAAAACGUUGGAAUCAGCAGACAAAUAAGAACUUAUUUCCUUACGUUGCGACAAGGAAAGACUCAAAGACAGGAUUGA